ACAGUGUGUUGCUGUACUUUGGAGCGGUGGACGAGUCGGACAGGCAACAGCAAAAUGGCCAGAGUUUGUUUAAUGAUUUUUAUUGCCAGUUUCCCGCUGCAGAUCUAUGGAUUUGGUGCUGAGAUUGAAGACAAAAACACAGGAGCCGUGUUUGUGAGCCAGCAGGCAGCUCACAUGGUGCUGCAUCGCCAGCGAAGGCACAACAGUGGUCACCUGGAAGAAAUCUUUCAUAAGGCAGACCUGGAGCGAGAAUGCAAGGAGGAAGUCUGCACGAUGGAGGAGGCCAGGGAAGUGUUUGAGAACGAUGAGAAAACUAUGGAGUUCUGGGCCGUUCAUGUUGAUGGUGAUCAGUGUAGGCCACAACCCUGCCAGAAUGGAGGCGCAUGUCAAGAUGGAAUCAGCUCCUACAUCUGCUGGUGCCAGCCGAACUUCAGCGGCAAAAACUGUGAGAUCGCUAUAACCAAACUGUGCUCAGUUAACAAUGGUGGAUGUUCUCAUUUCUGCGCCAUGAGAAAUCACCGAGCUGUGUGUCUGUGUGCAGCGGGCUACAAACUACAACCAGACAGGAAGACCUGUGAGCCAAUAGUGCCGUUCAGUUGUGGUCAUGUGGUCCUGCCCCCUGGCACCAUCACCAGAUCCAUCAUACCGAUGCAAUCAUUGCCAUCCUCCAAUCAAACAAAUCAAAAUACAACCAUUAAUCAGCCAGACGACUAUGAUGCAGAUGAUAACCUCAGCCUUGCAGUAAAUGCAUCAGAUCCGUCCASCAGGCGUUUGAAAGAAGCAGGAAGCUCAGCUGAGGUUGAGGAAACAGAACCUCCCAUAGAGGAUUUUUCAUGGGGUUUCUCCACAUUCCCCAACGUAACAGCUGAAACAAACUCUGACCAGAGGAUUGUGGGCGGCGACGAGGCCAUUCCUGGAGAGAUACCUUGGCAGGUGGCACUGAUGACUCACUCAGAAUCUCUGAACAGAGCUGAGCCUUUCUGUGGCGGUUCUCUGGUUAGUGACAUUUGGGUGAUCACUGCCGCUCACUGUUUGAACAGUACAGAUCACAAAAGAAAAAAAAUUUUCGUCAGAGUUGGUGAGCAUGAUGUGAAUGUUCAUGAAGGUCCAGAAAGAAACCACGAUGUGGCCGAGCAGCACGUCCACCCCCUGUACGACUCGAUGAAGUCCCAGUACAACCACGACAUCGCGCUGCUGAAGCUUGCCGUCCCAGUGGAGCUGUCCAACCAGAGGCGUCCCAUCUGCCUGGGCCCCAAAGAGUUCAUUCAGAGCAUCCUCAGAGAGUCGACCAGCUCCCUGGUGAGCGGCUGGGGGAGGAUCCGUUUUCAGGGCCGCGAGGCCACCAAGCUUCAGAAGCUGUCGAUCCCCCACGUGGACCGGACCCUGUGUAAACACAGCAGCGGGGAUCACAUCACCCGAUACAUGUUCUGCGCCGGAUAUCCAGACGGCCAGAAGGAUUCGUGCCAGGGGGACAGUGGGGGGCCGCUUGCCACCAGUUACAAAGGAACCUGGUUCCUGACAGGCAUMGUCAGCUGGGGGGAGGAGUGCGCCCGGAGCGGCAAGUACGGCAUCUACACCCGGGUGUCGCGCUACUACAACUGGAUCAGUAAUAUUACAGGGAUCACACAUGUUCAAUAAAAAUUACUCAAACACAGCAUUGAGUUUGUUUGAUCACAAGGAAGCUUUUAACAUGAACUCCAAUAAAAGAUAUUAAAAUAUA